AUGGCAUCGGCGCCGGCGGCAGAUAAGCCGUGGACUCCUCCCUAUUGCUCGGUCGUGGCCGUCGACACUCGCUCCUUCUUCUACCGUGUUUUCUCCGUCUGCGAACGAACCCUCCUCGAUUCCGACACCGAGUGCCGCUUCUGCAGCCGCCGUACUCCUAACCCCGGUUCCAAGCGCCUGUAUCGUAUCCUCGUCUCCGUCGGCACUGUGGACAAGGUUUUAGUGGUCGUGUUCUUCGACCGGGCCGCGAGGGUGCUCAUGGGCUGCUCCGCCGACGAGUGGGCUGCCUUCUUGGGGGCGCAACCUUCAGCGAGGGAGCUGGCCGGCGAGCUUCUACGAGGGGAGAUGCUGCGGAUGACGCUGAACCCGUCGAGGAGGGGCAAUGCGGAGCACCUGCGAGUGGCGUCGGUGGCGCCUCUCCGCGCGGGAUUUCGCCCUGUGGUCGACAGGUUGAGGAGGCUGUACGCGGCGGGGGCGGGGACUUCAGUCGAACAGACAGGAUAA